UCUACCACCACACUCUGUGUUUUAGUUGGUGAUCAUUCCUCGAGAGCGCAGCACGCAGCACGCACCGGGAACCGACGUGGAAAACUUUUCUGUUUCGUUUGUGUGUGAUACAAAGAUUUCUCGUUGCUGGAAUUUGUAUAAGGAAUUACAAUUAAUAAAAAAAAUAAUUUAAUUGUAAAAAAGUUGAUUGUCCAGCUUUUAAGUGAAUCAUCAUUAAAUACUUAUAUUUAAAAAAAAUACAUUAAAUUACAUUGCAUACAAACGUACUCCGUCCACGUGAGCAACAAACAGUAAAAGUUAUCAAAAGAUACACAUAAAAACGAAAAUAUAUCGAUAAUUGUGAAAACUUUUAAUUCCUAAAAGAACACAACAGUAAAAAAAAGCGCCAAAAUGUCGAAAAAUAACGGGAAAGGCGACCAAUAUAUAAAUCAAUUCCCCCAACCGGCAAGGAAACAAACCUGUUCCGAAAUGUUCUACGAUCCACAUGAUGGUUCUAUCCUUGGGCGCACUCCGAAAAGUUGGGGUCAACUUUUCUUGUUUUAUGCCAUUUUCUAUAUCAUACUCGCCAUACUGUUUGCCAUUUGCAUGCAAGGAAUGUUGGCCACCGUAGAUAAUAAAAUACCAAAAUGGCGACUGGAGGAGUCGCUAAUAGGCACCAAUCCCGGCUUGGGCAUUCGUCCUAUCAGUGAAGAUACCGAACGCGGCUCAGUUAUUCAGUUCGACAAAAAGAAGACCGCUGAGAUCGAAUACUGGACUGAUUUGAUAGACGAUUUUCUUAAGGAUUAUAAUAAUACCGAGGGUCGCAACAUGAAGCAUUGCGGUUACAAUCAACCACACAAUCCCCUAGAUAUCUGUGUCGUCGACGAGACUCAAUUUGGACCCUGUACGUCAGCAAACAGUUAUGGAUAUAAACAGGGAAAGCCUUGCAUAUUCCUCAAGUUGAACAAGAUUUACGGUUGGGAACCACAGGUCUAUGAUGCCCCUGUCCCCACAAUGCCCGAAGAUCUGCAGAAACUUAUCAACGAUACGAGCGUCGAGGAGCGCCAGAAAAUUUGGGUCUCCUGUGCAGGUCAUCAUGGCAAGGAUAAGGAGCAGUUCAAGGACAUUAAGUAUUAUCCCAAACAGGGCAUUCCAACGUACUAUUAUCCGUAUCUGAACCAGCCCGGAUAUCUGAGUCCCUUGAUUGCUGUGCAAUUCAAUGAUAUGGCUAUUGGCAAAAUGAUGGACGUGGAAUGCCGUGCCUGGGCCAAGAACAUCAUCUAUAGCGGCAGCUUACGUGAUCGCAUGGGUUCCGUUACCUUCCAGUUCCUGAUGGAUUAAGGUACUACAAGAACAACAACAACUUGUGAUCGUAACAACCAACGCUAGCCUUAUGAGGCCAAACUUCAUGGCAUAGGUUACUACAACAAAUCCUCGGCCCAAGACCAACAACUAAAACAAAAGUUAUCUUAGAGCUUAGGCGCCUUCAACUUUUAAAUGUAUUGUAUAUAUUUAUAAUUUAUGGAGAAAAAUAUCGACAAGAGUCAAUAACAAAUUCUGCCCAAAACAAAAAUAUCUUUAAUAUUAAAAAAAAAAAAUAAUUUUUAAAGUAACAAAGCGAAAGAAAAUAUUCAAAUAAGUUCAAAACAUAUGUACAUCCUCAAUUGUUGUUAUAUUGUAGCUUCCGGCUUGUCUAUUGAUAUAAGUUAAAGUUAUCAAUAAUAUUUAAUUUUUAAUUCUAUAAAUUCAUGUAAUAAGAUGCAUAGUAUGUCAGUUGUAUUUAGUUUUAAUUUAUCUAUGUUAUUAUUUGCCUAUUUUAUUGUUUCCAUGUCGAUCUAUCCAUUCAGAGUAUUUUUUCAUUUGUAAAAAGAUAAUCAAAACGAAAUUGAAAAA